AGAGAAAAAAUAGAACCACCAACUUUUCAGUUGAUUUCUAAUUUUUCUACAUAUCUACCCUAGUUUUCUUCAAAUUAAUGGCAAUUAUUUUUUUGCUAGUUAUAUUUCAAUUAGCUAGGUUUGUUUGUAGUGCACCAUUGGCUCCAGCAUUUUAUAUUUUUGGUGACUCUUUAUCUGAUAAUGGAAAUAAUAAUUUCUUGCAAACCGAAGCUAAGGCGGACUAUAGCCCCUACGGUGAGAUAUUUCCGUCGGGAGCUACAGGAAGAUUUUCUAAUGGCAGAAAUGUUGCUGAUUUUAUAGCGGAAUUUCUUAACUUGUCGUAUCCUCCUCCAAGCUUGAGCGUAAACGCUUCGAGUUCGAUUACGGGUGUGAAUUACGCAUCCGGGGCAUGUGGGAUUCUUCCUAAAACCGGAAUUGUUUUGGGAAAAUGUUUGAGUUUAGAAGAACAGCUACGUAAAUUUGAAAUUAGGGAAAAAUCAAAGCUGGUGAAACAAUUCAGAAACAGAAAUGAAACAACAAAUUUUUUGUCAAAUUCUAUAUUUUUAUUUUCUACAGGAAGCAAUGAUUAUCUUGGGCACUAUCUUGAUACUGCACAUUUUAAUACAAGCAAGCAAUUUUCUCCCCAACAAUAUGCUGAGCUUCUUGUUUAUAAAUUAUCUCUGGCUAUUAAGAGAGUAUACAAAUUCGGCGGUAGAAAGUUCAUUACAUCCGAACUUGGUCCUCUUGGAUGCAUCCCAGCAAUUGCAAAAGUAGUUCCUCACAAGGGAAAUUGUAUAGAAGAAAUUAACCAAUUAAUCAUAUUCUUCAACGAAAACUUAGCUAUAGCUGUUCAAAAGUUGACAACAUUUCUCCCCGGCUCGAAAUUUGUUCAUGUCCGUAGUCACGCCCUAAGCUACGAUGCUAUCGUAAAUCCUUCCACAUACGGUUUAAAAGAUACAAGUAAUACUUGUUGCGACGCGUUAAAUAAUGGAACUUCUGGGUGCAUUCGAGGGAAACCAUCGUGCCCUAAUCCGGAACAAUUUUACUUUUUCGAUGCAUUUCAUCCUACGGAAGUUUCAUAUUCACUGAUAGCAUCUCGUUGCAUCAAUGAUAGUUCAAUUUGUUCUCCUACCCUUGAAGAAUUUGUGAAAAUGUAAUUAUUUGAGAGUAGUUAUAUAGAUCCCAAAAAAUUGUAUGAUGUAGUCUGUAGAUCUACUAGAGAAAAGUGAGCAACCGGGUCCUUGAUGGGGAUUUAAUGAUGUUGUAAUUUUAGUUUAAAUGAUUUUGCAAAGUGAUUUUUUCAAAUUUUCUUUUUGACAUAUGCGAUGUAAUUUAACAUGAGACAUUGAUUUUCAUUUUUCCUAA